UUAGUGAUAUAGUGAUUAUUUUUAUACGACAUGUAUAAAGUAACAUAAUGCAUGAAAUAAACGAUAGUAGCCAUUUUCUUUUUACCUUGCUUUUAAUGUAGCCAUAAAAAUAUUGUAGAACUUUGAUAUUCGAGUCCACAGCAAGAUUAAUACAGAUUACGAGUCAAUGCACUCAAUGGUCUAGUUUGUAGUCCAUCAUGAUCUUUUCCUUUUUCGAGUUUAAUAUUGACUGUGACUUCUCCAUUUGUGAUUUGAAGCGAAUGUGAAAUUGGUAUUAAAUUGCAAGAAUAUUGUAAAAUUGCUGCUAGGAAAUGACAUUGAGCAACAUUUAUCGUGCUCAAACAAAACAAUUUGAUCUUAAUGAAGAUGGUAGUAGCUCAGAGGAUGAUGGAAUUACAUCAGAGUCAAUUGAUGCAUCACACCUGUCCAACCUUGAUGAACCACUAAUACCAACAAGAAAAAAUCAUAAAAUUUAUCAUGUUCGUGGUAAAGUGAGAAGAAACUCAAAAAAUUUUACAUGGAUUUUAUGCUUUGCAUUGACUUUGGUUUGUGUUGUUGCAUUAUUGCUAAUAUUCAUUGAUUGGGUAUUAGAUAAAACUGACAGCACUAUAAAUAAUGCUACCAAUCAUAGAACUCAAAUUUCUUAUCAUAAUGUGUCUGUCCUACAGUUGAAUAUCAAACCUUGCUCAAAUUUUUCAUCAAAUGAAGUAUGGCAUCAAACGAUACCAAAGCUUAUGACAGAAACUGCAAUACGAAUGAAUGAUGUGAAUAAUGAUGGAGUUGUAGAUGUAUUGGUGGGAUUUCUGACUGUUUUAGAUGGUUACUUUGUUGGUGGAAUACCUCGAAAAGCAUGUGACAUGUAUUUCAAUGGAACAUUUCCAUGUUUUGGGGGGAUAUUGGCUCUAGAUGGUCGAACUGGGCAUGAAUUGUGGCGCCAUUACACCUUACACGAAGUAUUUGCAAUCAAUUGUAAUGCAGAUAUAGAUAUUGAUGGUAUUCAUGAUUGUUUGAUUGCUGGUAGAGCGGGUGUUUUUGAGGCUGUAAGUGCUAAACAUGGUUCUUUAUUGUGGAGGUUUGAAAAGGAUCAACCGGGAUAUAAAGGGAUUAUGGGGAUAUACACUCCUCAGUUUAUACGUGAUCUUGAUGGUGAUAGUGUCCCUGAUAUCCUUGUGUCUCAUGGCGGAGACCCUCUCAGUGAACCAAACAGCGAGAAGCGAUUAGUGGGAAGAAUCAUUUUAUUUUCUGGUAAAAAUGGUCAAGUAUUGCGAUGGCAAAAUGUUCCAGAUAAACGUGAAACAUAUUUCUCUCCUGUCGUUUACUCAACGAGAAAUGGGACGGAGGUAGCGUUGUUUGGGACUGGAGGCGAAACGCAUCCGGGAUCUCUUUGGGCUGUUGACAUAAUGCGUCUUUAUAACGGAGAAAUCAAUACAGCUUACGCUGUUUACACGGAUAAUUUUAAAGGUGUCAUGGUUCCUCCUGUGCUGGUUGAUAUUAAUAAAGAUGGUACUGUUGAUAUAAUUAUAGCCAUGUUUAAUGCAACUGUUUUUGCUUUUGAUGGUGAAACAUUCAACAUAAUUUGGCAAUAUUCCUUCACAGGCAGCGAAACAUACUCUACUCCAGCUGCGGCUUACUUUAAUGAUGACGAUACACCCGAUAUUUUUGUUCGUUAUAAUCAUGGGAAAGGAUUUCCUGUUUAUUAUUAUUCAGAGAUUACAAUUUUGGACGGUGUGACUGGCAGACCAAUUUAUAAACCAUAUUUUAAAACUGUUAUGUCAAAUGGAUCACCUUUGUCUAUCAGUAUGACUGGUCGUGGUAACGAUGCUUUUGUUUAUUGGAUUGCCGACUGUGUUGAUCAUGAAGGACAAGGAGACUGGUUUGAUUUUGUCGAUGGAACUAAUGAACAUGAACAAAGUCGCGCUGACACUUGUAAAUUGCGUUAUGGAACGAAGAGUUUUAGUCGUUUGUCUGUUAUGAACCGUCAUAUUGGAUUUCCAGGUCACACUAUUUAUGACUCCUUGGUCAAUGAAUGGUUAGAACAUACUUCACAACGUAUUCAUCAAUCAAAAAAACAGCGUCGACACAUUGGGCCCCCAGAUCAUGGAGGGUUUCAAAGAUUGAUUCAAACAGGAAGUAUCGCGUCAUCUUUUUCUAACCAAUCGUCUUCUAGUGCAAAAAGUGUUGACGUCAUCGUUGCCACGUAUUGGAUGUACCCUUCUAAAGUUCGUGUAAUUACGCAAAUAGAAAAGGAAUGCAUUGAAAAAUACAGAAAUCUCAGCAAACACGGAAAGUUUGUGAAUCGUGUAAAUAUUUCGGCAAAUAUGCAACAGGGUCAUUAUGAUGAAGGUGAUGCUGCUACAAAUCUAUGUUUAGAACAACGCCAAAGUAAGGAAACUUUUCACACCAGUCAGGAAAAUUAUAAGCAUAAAUCUCAAAGGUUUGGAAAUUUGACAGUUUACCGUUUUCGACUGAAGUGUGAAUGCUCCAAGAUUGAGAACUCACAGAUUGAAUCUAUGAUUUUGUGGCACAAAACCAUUCACCAUUUAACAAAGGAAAAUGCCAAGAGCUAUUAUUAUACUCAUUUGUUGACAAACCUAUACUCAUGCCAUCAAUUAUAACAUCACAUUGACAAGAUUGCUCAAGAAAUUCAUCAUAUUUCAACAGUUUUUUUUGUGUCUUCUCAUUUAAAGCAAAUAAUUCUUUAAUGGCUUUCAAGAUAUUUUUCUUUAAAUUAUCUUUUUCAGAAAUGGACAAAGAUCCAAAAUGUAAACUUUUACCACAAUGAUUGCAUAAUCCAUGCUUAGAAAUCUCACAUUCUUUUAUAGCCCAUGUAUUUAUUGGAUCAUUUUGCAACCAUUGAGAAAUAGCUUUAAAUACAUCUUUAUCAAUUUGCUGACCACUGACAUUAUACCAUUCCAAUACAUCGGUAGCUUUACCAUAACCAGAUAACUCACAUCCUAUGCAUGACAAUAUUAAAGCACUAGCCAUUUUAGAUGGAAUUUUAAGACUAAUUGUUUGAUUGGACUUAAACGUUUGCUUGUUCAUUUCAUGAAACAGUUCAAAUGCUCUGUUGCAAUAACCAUUUUUUGCUAGACUUGUAAUGACUGAUAUAUAAGAUCUGGUGUGUCUUAAAAGACCAGAAGACUUCAAUUCAUGCAAUAAAUUUUCAGCAUUUA